GCCAGACCUCGCUGCCUGCCCCGGGCCCUGGCUCUGGCCCCCGGCGGGACUUGGUGAGUGUGCUCGGGCGUCUGGUCCUGCCCUGGCUGUGGCCCUGGGAGCAGGUGCUUCAGCAGCCAGUUCGGCCUAAGCUGACUUUUGGCUGUGCUGGCCCAGGCCUGGCUGUGUUGGAUGAACUGGACGCUGCCCAGAGCUGCAUCCUGGGGAAGUGAGGAGGCACUUUAGGGCCCUAGGCCAAUGGUGGUGGGUUGGAGGAAGGGCAGAGGGGUCCUAGAAUAGCCAGGACCUGGCAAGGGGCUUCUCAUAGGCUUGUACGAGGGAAGUUUGGGAGGGAAGGCAUUGAGUCUGGCGUUAACUCCCAACUGCCCCAGGUUGAUGCUUACCAGGUUGGUGGGAGAGUCCCAGAUGAUUCUUAGGUCUCUAUGUACCUCAGCCCUGUCCUGCUUGCCAGAGGGAUCCCCCGCUUUCCCAUCCUGAUCAGUAACAAAGGUUCAACUCCACCUCUCCAGUAUGAGAACAAACCCUACUUCCUAUUGUGGUAAAACCAAAAACCUUUGCAGAAGGGGGAGGGGAGCCCCACAGGGAGGGCCUGGGGCAGGCCUACAGGCCUCAGCCAGAGCCUAGGGUUAGGGUAUUCCCUUCUGCUCAUGCCUGGGCAUCCCAGGCUGGAGAAGCAAGAGAACAGGAGCACCUUGGUGGUUUGGCCCUCCCUGACCUUUGAGGCCCUUUUUGUAUUGAUGAACCGGAGGCUGGCUGUAUCUGUUCAGGCCUGUGGGGCCUUGUCUGCUGAAAUCUGGUGGGAAUGGACUUGGAUUUGGGGGAUGGUGCCCCCAUGCCCACCGACUCUGUCUCCACACCAGGAUGAGGGCGUCCUCAAGGAGAUCUCUAUCACGCACCACGUCAAGGCUGGCUCUGAGAAGGCUGACCCAUCCCAUUUCGAGCUCCUCAAGGUUCUGGGCCAGGGAUCCUUUGGCAAAGUCUUCCUGGUGCGGAAGGUCACCCGGCCUGAUAGCGGGCAUCUAUAUGCUAUGAAGGUGCUGAAGAAGGCAACACUGAAAGUGCGUGACCGGGUCCGGACCAAGAUGGAGAGAGACAUUCUGGCUGACGUCAACCACCCGUUUGUGGUGAAGCUGCACUACGCCUUCCAGACCGAGGGCAAGCUUUAUCUCAUUCUGGACUUCCUGCGUGGAGGGGACCUCUUCACACGGCUCUCUAAGGAGGUUAUGUUCACAGAGGAGGACGUGAAGUUCUACCUGGCCGAACUGGCUUUGGGCCUGGACCACCUGCACAGCCUGGGCAUCAUCUACAGAGACCUCAAGCCCGAGAACAUUCUUCUGGAUGAGGAGGGCCAUAUCAAACUAACUGACUUCGGCCUGAGCAAGGAGGCCAUUGACCAUGAGAAGAAGGCCUACUCCUUCUGCGGGACAGUGGAGUACAUGGCCCCCGAGGUCGUCAACCGCCAGGGCCACAGCCACAGUGCAGACUGGUGGUCCUAUGGGGUGUUGAUGUUUGAGAUGCUGACAGGCUCCCUGCCCUUCCAGGGGAAGGACCGGAAGGACACCAUGACACUGAUUCUGAAGGCAAAGCUAGGCAUGCCCCAGUUUCUGAGCACGGAAGCCCAGAGCCUCCUGCGGGCCCUGUUCAAGCGGAAUCCUGCCAACCGUCUCGGCUCCGGCCCUGACGGGGCAGAGGAAAUCAAGCGGCAUGUCUUCUACUCCACCAUUGACUGGAAUAAGCUGUACCGUCGGGAGAUCAAGCCACCCUUCAAGCCAGCUGUGGCUCAACCUGAUGACACCUUCUACUUUGACACAGAGUUCACAUCCCGCACACCCAAGGACUCCCCGGGCAUACCCCCUAGUGCUGGUGCCCAUCAGCUGUUCCGUGGCUUCAGCUUCGUGGCCAGUGGCCUGAUGGAGGACGACGGCAAGCCUCGGGCCACACAGACACCGCUGCACUCGGUGGUCCAGCAACUCCACGGGAAGAACCUGGUUUUUAGCGAUGGCUACGUGGUAAAGGAGACGAUUGGUGUGGGCUCCUACUCCGUGUGUAAACGCUGUGUGCACAAGGCUACCAAUAUGGAGUACGCUGUCAAGGUCAUUGACAAGAGCAAGCGGGACCCCUCAGAAGAGAUCGAGAUUCUUUUGCGGUAUGGGCAGCAUCCCAACAUCAUCACCCUGAAAGAUGUGUACGAUGAUGGCAAACACGUGUACCUGGUGACAGAGCUGAUGCGGGGCGGGGAGCUGCUAGACAAGAUCCUACGGCAAAAGUUCUUCUCAGAGCGGGAGGCCAGCUUCGUCCUGCACACCAUCAGCAAGACUGUGGAGUAUCUGCACUCGCAGGGCGUUGUGCACAGGGACCUCAAGCCCAGCAACAUCCUGUAUGUGGACGAGUCUGGGAACCCCGAGUGCCUGCGUAUCUGUGACUUCGGCUUUGCUAAGCAACUGCGGGCUGAGAAUGGGCUCCUCAUGACACCUUGCUACACUGCCAACUUCGUGGCCCCUGAGGUGCUGAAGCGCCAGGGCUAUGAUGAGGGCUGCGACAUCUGGAGCCUGGGCAUUCUGUUAUACACCAUGCUGGCGGGAUACACUCCAUUUGCCAACGGGCCCAGUGACACACCAGAGGAAAUCCUGACACGGAUCGGCAGUGGGAAGUUCACCCUCAGUGGGGGAAACUGGAACACAGUUUCAGAAACAGCCAAGGACCUGGUGUCCAAGAUGCUGCACGUGGACCCCCACCAGCGCCUCACAGCCAAGCAAGUCCUCCAGCACCCAUGGAUCACCCAGAAAGACAAGCUCCCCCAGAGCCAGCUGUCCCACCAGGACCUGCAGCUUGUAAAGGGAGCCAUGGCAGCCACGUACUCCGCACUCAAUAGCUCCAAGCCCACUCCGCAGCUGAAGCCCAUUGAAUCAUCUAUCCUGGCCCAGCGGCGGGUGAGGAAGCUGCCGUCCACCACCUUGUGAGGGGCCAGUGCAUCCAGGCCGCAGGGCGGUGCUAGCUCAAUGGAGGCAGCAUACUGACCAGAGGGAGCAGGCCUGAGUCACAGGACCAGAGGGAGCUGGAGCCCCGAGGGUCCCAGGAAGCAGCCAGCCCAGAUCACCCCCAGUGAGGGUGUGAGAAGUGCCUUCUCCUUCCCCAGGAUGAACUCUUCUUGGCUCAGGCCCCGCUGGUUGCAGUUGAUUCACUGUACAAACUCUUAUCUUUUUUUAAAGGCAAAAAAUGACAUCGACCACGAUGGAUUUUUACAAGAUCCAUUUGCCUUUCUGGGAGCAAAAGUAGCCAGUGCAGCCCGGGAGGGGCACUGAGUCAUGCUAGGGCUCUGUGUAACUGAGACUCCUUAGAGCAGCUUGGGGGGAACCCCCACAGUUGGCCGUCUGUAGCCAUCUGCACACACCUCCGAGGCAGCCCGAGGCAGUCCAGCGUCACCUUCUGGAGCCUUUGGCUGUUUAGAACUCACUGUCCCCAGUCAGCUCCUUUUCCGUUCUGUUCUACUGGGGGGUCUGGAACCACAUCCUGCUUGAGGAGAGGACCAAGGCCCCACCGACUCCCAGCUCCGGGCACCAGCAUCCGCAUCGGCCUUGCCAAUGGGUCUGCUGUAGUCAGUUUGGGCUGUCCCAGGGGGAGGAUCAGGAAAGCACUUUCUGGCGACUUCUGUUGGGGUCUGCCACAGGACAGAGUUCACAGGAGGCCAGUGGGGCAGGCCAGGGAGGGCAGGGGCUUUUUGUUUCAGUUUGUUUCAUUUCUUCCUCAGCUGGUAACUCAGGGUUCAUCUGUCCAUGGCCUUUCUAAUAAACUUACAG